GUGAACUACCAUCGACGCCAUCAUAUCAAAAUGGUCCAAAUUCUUAAUCAAGAAGUCGGCAACCCAGGCUUCGGCCUCAUGAGCUUGACGAAGCCUGGAGGCCCAACAACUGAGCAGGCCAUAGAGGUUAUGCGCACUGCUCUCCAGAACGGCGCAAAAUUCUGGAAUGGUGGAGAGUUCUACGGCACUCCAGACUACAAUUCACUCCACCUCGUCAACAAAUACUUUACCAAAUAUCCCGAAGAUGCAGAUAAGGUUGUCCUGUCCAUCAAGGGCGCUUAUGUAUUCCAAGAAAUCAGACCGGACAACAGCGAAGCCAACAUUACUCGCAGCAUCGAGGAGGCCCUCAAAGUCCUCGACGGAAAGAAAUCGCUAGACAUAUUCGAGUGUGCAAGGCCAGACCCGAAGGUGCCACUCGAAGAGACCAUUGGCACGAUCGCGAAGUACAUCAAAGCUGGCAAGGUCGGAGGUAUCGGACUUUCCGAAGUAAGCGGAGAAACGAUUCGAAGAGCGCAUGCUAUCCACCCCAUCGCGGCAGUGGAGCUCGAGUUCUCACUUUUCACCACAACUCUUAUUGGCAGCAGCGCCGCCAAAGCGUGUACGGAGCUGGACAUUCCCAUCAUUGCCUACUCGCCAUUGGGGAGGGGUUUCCUGUCCGGGCAGUUCAAGUCUGUCAAAGACAUACCCGAAGGAUCAUUCCUAGCGCAUAUGCCCCGCUACCACCCCGAUGUAUUCGAUGAGAAUCUGAAACUGGUGCACGAAGUAGAGAAAAUUGCGACAAACAAAGGCGUCACGGUUGGACAGGCAGCCCUGGGCUGGGUGCUUGCUUUGAGCGGCAAGAACGGCAUGCCUCAGCUGCUUGCCCUCCCUGGCACCACAACUACUUCGCGUGUGAUUGAGAACCAGCAUCCGGCCACGCUUGACGACAACGACUUGGCUGCGAUCGCCGAUAUUCUGAAGAAGUUCGAGAUCAAAGGCGCGCGAUACAUGCCAGGUGUAGCUGGCGAGGAGCCAUAA